CAAUUCAAACGAACGGCAUUUUAUUUUCACAGGACCCGGGCUCGUGAAUGUUUCACCCAAUAGCAACUUUUUACCUUUGUUUUCUGACAAAAAUUUAAUCUGUUAACUGUCAAGUGCUUGUGCCGCCAUGUCCCAUCCUUCUGACCAUGUGCUGCGUCCCAAAGAAAAUGCCCAACCCAGAAAGCCGGAUAUAUCAGCUGCCGUUCUUAACAUGCAGAAAAAAACCCUGCUGUUGGGAAAAAAGCCCACCAGUGAGAACGUUGCUCCAGCCAGCAAGCCUUUGCCGGGAUCAUCUGGCCUUGUGAUCCGGAGUGCUGCGUCUGGUGUGCGUCCGCCCAUUAAACCAGGUCUAGGAUCUUCCAGUUCGGUAUUACCUUCCGGAGGGAACAAGUUUCAGAAGCCACUGGUACCUCCCGUGAAAAAGGCUACCUCGGAGUUUGUAGCUCCUGCUCCAGUGGCAUCGAUUAAGAAGCCCGAUGCGGUCCCCAAACAGAAAUCGCCUUCUGGGGUUUCUGGAGAAUCCUCUACGGAGUCUGGUGCUGCAGCGAACAGCAGCUCAGGCAACUCCAUUGACAAAGAGAAAGCAAAGACUGAAACUCAGCCACAGAAGCCAAAAAAAACCUGGCAGCUGAAUAACUUUGAUAUAGGCAGGCUGCUGGGACGCGGGAAGUUUGGCAAUGUUUAUUUGGCACGUGAAAAAGAAUCUCAGUUUGUGGUUGCUCUAAAAGUACUUUUUAAGCGUCAGAUUGGCGAGUCAAAUGUGGAGCACCAGGUGCGCAGAGAGAUUGAGAUACAGUCACAUCUGCGGCACCCGCACAUCCUGCGUCUGUACGCAUAUUUCCAUGAUGAUGUCCGCAUCUAUCUGAUCCUAGAGUACGCGCCGCAAGGAACCCUAUUCAAUGCUCUGCAGGCACAGCCUCUGAAGCGUUUCGAUGAGCGGCAGUCGGCCACAUACAUUCAGGCAUUGUGUUCUGCGUUGCUCUACCUACACGAGCGGGAUAUCAUCCACAGGGAUAUUAAACCAGAAAACUUGUUGCUUGGUCACAAGGGUGUCCUGAAGAUCGCGGACUUCGGCUGGUCCGUGCACGAACCUAACUCUAUGCGCAUGACUCUGUGUGGAACUGUGGAUUACUUACCCCCAGAGAUGGUACAGGGUAAGCCGCACACAAAAAACGUGGAUCUCUGGAGUCUGGGUGUGCUCUGUUUUGAGCUGUUGGUAGGACAUGCCCCUUUCUACUCAAAGAACUAUGACGAGACCUACAAGAAGAUCCUCAAGGUAGACUACAAGUUGCCGGAGCACAUCUCCAAGGCAGCAGCACACUUAAUUUCCAAGCUGCUGGUCCUCGAUCCGCAGCGUCGCUUGCCGUUGGAUCAGGUAAUGAUGCACCCAUGGAUCCUGGCGCACACGCAGUGAACCUAUCCUUUUUU